AUGGACUUAGCUGGUUCUGAGAGAGUUUCUCUGACGAAAGCUGCUGGUGAGCGUCUUAAAGAGGGGGCUAACAUAAACAAAUCUUUGUCAGUAUUAGGAAAUGUGAUAAGGCAACUAAGCGAGGGGAAGGAGUUUAUCAGUUAUCGCGAUUCGAAAUUGACUAGACUGCUCUCACAGGCUCUUGGCGGUAAUGCCAAAUCAUUGAUUAUCGGAAAUAUCAGACCAAUGAUCCACCGCGAAGUAGCCGAUGGUCUAGAGCGUCUUUGGAACGUAAGAGAAAACUGCAUUUGGGAAGCCGAUGAAAGUGGUCGCCAUGGAGAGGUUUAUAUAUUCGACCAUGUAUUUAACCAGGAAUGUACAAAUUCAGAUGUAUAUGGAUCUGUAGUAAAACCUUUAGUCGAUUCCUUCAUGGAAGGUUUCAAUGCAACAAUAUUUGCAUAUGGCCAAACAUCUUCUGGCAAAACACACACCAUUUUGGGCAAUAAAACAGAUCCUGGGCUUUUCCAAUUAGUAUCCAAUCAGUUAUUCCAGCAUGUGGCAGACCAGGUUGAUAAGAGGUACUUGAUUAGAUUCAGUUAUAUUGAAAUCUACAAUGAAAAGAUCAAUGACCUCCUGGAUAAGAGCAAUCAGGGUUUAACUAUAAGGGAAGAUAUCAAAGGAAAUGUGCUGUUUGAUGCAAGGGAAGCUGUCGUAGACAAUGUUGAUCAAGUUAUGGAGAACAUGAUGUAG